AUGGAGAUUGAGUCUACGCUGCCGGAGCCGGCGGCGGCGGCGGCGGCGGCAACAAGAAGCCUGACAUCGAAGAACGCAGCAGCUGCGGGUGGUUCGCCCGGCAUGCCACCGUGCGGCGAUGCCAUCGCACUACUCCUCCUCCAGGCCGGAGCCAGCUGCACCAUCCAGAACCGCUACGCACCGGAGGUGCUGACGAGAGCUGCCCCCACGAGCGAGGCUCGCGCCCUGUGGGACAGCGCCCUGGCUUCGCUCUUGGCCGUCGGCGCUGACGUCAGCAAGUACAACGGCAACGGCCAGAACGCGCUGCACGUGGCGUGCCGCGCCAACCUGGUGGUGGUGAUCAGGCAGCUGCUGGGCCAGCCGGGUGUGGACGUCAACGCGCCGGAGCUCGGCACGGGCCUGACGCCGCUCAUGCUUGCGCUGCGCAACGCCCAGUCCGAGCCUGUCGCACUGGUCUUGCUGCGUCACGGCGCCGACGCGACGCUGCGCAACGCCCUGGGCGGAUCGGCCGAGGACCUGGCCGGACCACAGCUAUGGGCGUCGCUCCUGCGCCAGGCCGCGCUUGCGCCGGACUCGAUCGACGACGACGAUGACCACCAGCGGCACAGCUCGGCGGAGGGUGUUGACCACCAUCGCGCCACUGGCCUCCUGUCGUCAGCCCCGAGACCACGCCCAGGUGCCAUCAGUCUCGUCGCACGUAGAGAGGCGAAGGGAGUCAGAUUGUUGCAGCAAGCCAAGGCCAACCGACUGAUGCAGCGCGCGCAACCUGCGCCCGAGCCAUUCGCCCAGCAUCUGCGCCCUUACAUGGGCUUCACCUCGGCUGCCGACCACUAA